GCCUCGCGUCCUCCCUCAGCGCCAUUUUGUGGCAGCGAGACCCGCAAAUAAAGGGGAGCGCCAGGGCUGCGGUGGGAGGAGGAGCGCGGGGGCCGGCGGUAGCGCGGUCUGGCCGCCUGGGCGGUGAGCGGGCAGCGCGGCCUUGGCCUAUGUGACUGGGCGGCGCCGGCUCGGCCUCCGUCUGGAGAGGAUUCAAGAUGACCAACGAAGAACCUCUUCCCAAAAAGGUUCGACUGAGUGAAACAGACUUCAAAGUUAUGGCACGAGAUGAGUUAAUUCUAAGAUGGAAACAAUAUGAAGCAUAUGUCCAAGCUUUGGAGGGCAAAUACACAGAUCUUAAUUCUAAUGAUGUAACUGGGUUAAGGGAGUCUGAAGAAAAACUAAAGCAGCAACAACAAGAGUCUGCCCGCAGGGAAAACAUCCUUGUAAUGCGACUAGCUACCAAGGAGCAAGAGAUGCAAGAGUGUACUACUCAAAUCCAGUACCUCAAGCAAGUCCAGCAGCCUAGUGUUGCCCAACUGAGAUCAACGAUGGUAGACCCAGCGAUCAACUUGUUUUUCCUAAAAAUGAAAGGUGAACUGGAACAGACUAAAGACAAACUGGAACAAGCCCAAAAUGAACUGAGUGCCUGGAAGUUUACGCCUGAUAGAGGCCUGAUGGCGUCGGACUAUUCCGAAGAAGUGGCCACCUCCGAAAAAUUCCCCUUCUAGAACAUGUAGACACUUGAGAAAUGUUUCUGUUUGAAGAAAAUAGAGGGAGAAACAGAAGUCUUAAGUCUGUGGCACACUGUGUCUUCAGACAGUUUGGAGGAAUGAAAACCUAGAGAUUUAAAAUCAUGAAUUGAACAUGUAAAAUUCCAGUAAAAUGUAAAAAUGGAAUAUGCAUCGCUCUUAACCUUGAGCAUAGUGACUUAGAGACACUGUAUAUCAGUUUUGCCAAUAAGACUGUGGACUUCGUGAUUGUUGUUGAACUUCUGGGUGAAAACUCAAAUGAGGUGAAUUUUGCCUUUAAAGAGCUUCAUUUGCUAAGAACCAACUUAAUAGUCAUGGGAGAAUCAAAUAAUAGAUGUCAGUACAAGUAGUUCAUAUAUUUUACCAUUUAGUUUUGGGCUCUAUAUUACUUGAUUGAGCCUUAAAUCAAUGUGGUUUUAAUCAAUGGUUUGUUCUUUGAAUGGUUGCUAAUGCUGUAGAUAAUCUUACUGAGGACUGUACAAACAUAAAGGUGUGGUAUCAAACUUCAGGUUGAAACUGUUUGAAGCAUUAUGAACAUUCAUUUCACUACUAGAUUGUAUAAGGAUAUUGGCUGUGAUGAGACUCACUGCGUUAUUUUUUUCAGUAGUGAAAUUAAAUCCCCAUUCCAUUCAACAGGCACAUGUUGAAAGAGCAUUGUCGUUGGUGUUAAUGGGGGAAUGUGUUUCCUUCAUUGUAUUUGGGCCUUUUGUAUUGCACUCUUGAUAUUAAAUUAAAUGUGCCUUGAAGUAGUUGGUUUUUUUUUUUUUUUUUUUUUUUUUAAGUUCAAGGAAUAAUAUGAUUUUGUUGUACUUUUAACAUUUUGAUUUUGGGGGGCUGUGGAGAGCAGAUUUUGGAAAACUUGUUGCCGUGCUCUUCAAAGUGAAGGAAAAGGCUCUGUGUCACAUUUUUAAAGACCUACUUUUUUCCAGCUGGUAUCAUAAAAGACAAGGAGACUUGACACUUGUUUCUUUUUGACACCUUGUCCCAGGAUAUUGCAGUACAAAUUAAUGUGGGACAGAUUCACAGGGUGCCUGCCAGAAGAUUGGGGAAAUAAUGUAUUGGAACUGUGGGAUGGCCUAAGUGAGACAUUUUGUGAAUUAAAAAAAAAAAGGUCUAGUGAUCAUUUCUAGCAAAUUCAUUUGAUCAUUUAGAUAAAUGAGGCAUUAUUUUCUUCAUGCUUCCAUCCAAUCCUGGAGGUGAAUUUUUUUCGUCAGAUCAUUCUCUUAAGUCACCAAUGAGAAUUUUCACUUGGUGAUAAUGGAGUCUAAGAUGAGUGGAAGAUAAAUGUUCCAGAUUGUCCCAACGCUUAAGUGCAGUUUUAACAAGGGUGACUUAAGUUCUCUCUUAACCAUUCAAAUCAAUUGUAAGUAUCUUGUAUGUUUGUGCUUUAGGGAACUGAUUGUGGGGCAGAGGGUGGGUUGAAGAAGUGGUUUGUGUGAUUUUACAGCAAGAAAUCUUCUAAAAUUCUCAUUAUUGGUGGGUUUGGAGGGUAAGUAAUAAAAAAAUGUGCCGCCUUAAGGCAUUGGUAUAUAAUUUAUGCUAUUUAAGAUCACAGUAGAAAUGGCCUACAUACUUUUAGUAGGUCAAGAAAUAAUUCAUAAAAAUGUAUUAUUAACAUGUACUCAACAUUUUAUUAGCCAGCAUCUUGCUGCUUAGGUAAGAGUCACUAUGAGGUCUGUGGGUUUUUUUCUUCUCACUGUUAAAAAUAUUUUUUUAAUAAGAUAAUACAUGCUCAUGUAUAAAAUUGGAACAGCAUGAAGGUGGAGACAAAAAAUGAGAAUCCGUUCUGGAUGUGACCUUGCCUUUCCCCAUUGUGUUCUCCAGGAACAGUAACCACUGUUAAAUUUCUUGGGUGUCAUCAAGAUAAUUUCUAUGCAUAUAUAGUCAUUUUAUAUAUAUUGAUUUUAAAGGUGAACGUACAUAACAUAGAUGAUUGCAGCUUUGUUGUCCCCUGCCCCUAACACACACAGUUUAUCCCUUGCACAUUUUUUUCAUUCUUUUAUUAGAUUCAUUUUUAAUGGUUACAUAAUAUUUCCAUUGUAUUAAUAAAUCACAAUUUAUUUUAA